CACUUACCCGUCGGUGUCUGGACAGGUGAAGACACGAAAAGUCACUCAGGAAACUCUCGUUUUACCUUCAGUGACGCUUUAGCGCCAUCUAGGAGCAGGGGCAGAACUGGCCACCAAUGGCACUAGAUUUCUCACGUCAAAAUAGUCUCAAUAACAAUGUAUUUAUGAGUAAAGUGUACAUAAAUAUUUUGGUACGCCUGCCUUUGUUCAUUCUUAGAAUAAACGUACGCGGGCACAGUUUCAAAACAAUGCAUUAGAAAUAUCGAAUAACACCAUUUUGAUUUUAUUAGCAGAUGCUUUAUACCCACAGUGACAUACAAUUCAGGAAGCAGGGUUAGCUAGUCCUUUGAGCAACUGAGGGUUAGGGACCUUGGUCAGGAGCCCAGCGGCGAUAUUACAUUGCCAGCCUUAUGAUUUGAACUGGCGACCUUCUAAUCACAUAAACAUGUCCAGACGCGCAGAGCCAAACACCACCAACAAAUUCUAGCGCUUGAAGUUCAAAAACCGUCGAGAAUAAUCAGUCUGUUUAUUCGGAGUAUUUAGGGUAUACACGGUGUUAAACUAGUCACGGACAUACUUUGCGUUGGGUGAAAUCAAUCCUACUGAAAAUCUGAUGCACCAGUUAAUUCCAUGAAUAUAACCCGAUGUUGACAAAAAGGGACGCCGUUAAUGUGGAGUCCGGACCAGCCGGCAAGUCCAAGUGGAAAGUCCUGUAUGGAGGGCAAUGGGGCUGCAAGGGGGGUGCAGCAGGCCCCAGGCAUAAGCGGGCCUGUGGGGCAGGUGGAGAGGGAGCUGGUGGCCAUUGGGAGGUGCUUUGAGAGCCAUAUCGGCAGCGUAGAGAGAAUAGGCGGCAGCAUGCACAACUGGUGCAGGAGCUCCUGCAGCUGGAGCAGCCCAUGGCGCAGUCAGUGCUGACAGUGCAUGAGCAGCUGCUGAAGGCUUGCAGACAGCUGUCCCACGUGCAGCUGGACCAGCUGCAGUUACAGGAGGGAGUACGACUGCUGAAAAGACAGCUUUUCAUCAUCAGGGACUGCAUCCAGUGCCAGGUGCUCCUGGCUGUGCAGCAGCAAGAGGUGGCCCAGUCUGCUGUCACUCAGGUCAGGAGAGACCCUCCCACACGCAGCACGUGCUGAUGUGUAACAUAUGGCAAGAGGCGGCCCAGUCCGCCGUCACUCAAGUCAGGAGAGACCCUCCCACAUGUAGCACGUGCUGAUGUGUAACAUAUGGCAAGAGGCGGCCCAGUCUGCUGUCACUCAGGUCAGGAGAGACCCUCCCACACGCAGCACUUGCUGAUGUGUAACAUAUGGCAAGAGGCGGCCCAGUCCGCCGUCACUCAAGUCAGGAGAGACCCUCCCACAUGUAGCACGUGCUGAUGUGUAACAUAUGGCAAGAGGCGGCCCAGUCCGCCGUCACUCAGGUCAGGAGAGAUCCUCCCACAUGUAGCACGUGCUGAUGUGCAACAUAUGGCAAGAGGCGGCCCAGUCCGCCGUCACUCAGGUCAGGAGAGACCCUCCCACACGCAGCACAUGCUCAUGUGUAACAUAUGACAUGAGGCGGCCCAAUCUGCCCUCACUUUCGUCAAGAGAAAUCCUCCCACAUGCAGUUUAAUAAGUUCAGGAAGAGCUCCAGGCCCAAAUCCUAUAGCUGAUGCAGGUGGCCUCGCAGCUACGGGAAGCCCAGCAAAAAUGGCUCAACAGGCUCCGAGCCCCACCUGCAAGCUGGCCGACAGGCCUCCCUGGAGAUGGAGCAAUCCAUCCAGGUCAAGAUGAGUACGCUGGAGACCUGGUAAUAGCCACAGCUAUUGGGACUGCUGCGAAGGUGGCAGGCGGGGGAGGAGGUCCCAUGCAGGACCCGGGAGUUUGCCCAGGACCUGAGAGAGUACCAGGAGAAGAUGGAGGCCCUAGAGGAGAUGGUGAGGCAGUUGAAGACAGAGUUUCAGGUUCAGAGGAGAAAAAUUGAAGAGCUGGAGGACCUGAGGAAGUAACUGCAUGUGGAGGCAAAUGCACACAGGUGUGUCUGUAUGUGCGUGUGUGUCUAUGUGUGUCUGUAUGUGUGUAUGUCUGUGUUUGUCUGUCUGUCUGUGUUUGUCUGUCUGUCUGUGUUUGUCUGUCUGUCUGUAUGUCUAUGUCACAGAGUUCACCACAGAACCACUGUACGAUGUGUACAGUAACGCAAAAUGAGGUCCAGCAGGACUCCACCGCCCUGCAGGGGGAGAGGUGAGGACCCGCUCUUCUGUGUUUCACAGACUGCAUCGAGGCAUUCAGUAGUCCAGGCCUCCCAACAGAAGCAGAACAUGGCCUUGGCUGAAAGGGCCGGCAGCGAGCGUCUCUGCCUCCGCAAUGUCCCACAAUCUUAUAUGUCUCUGCCUCCGCAACGUCCCACAAUCUGCCUCUGCCUCCACAAUGUGCUACAGGCUUAUGUGUCUUAAACAUUAGGUGACAAGCUGAAAUGCAGUGCAGUCACUCAAAGUUUAUUUUUCAAACAGAAGUGUUUUCUAUUCAAGCACAUUUACUAGAAUACUGGAGUGUUUUAAAUAGGCUUAAAGCUGGAACAAUCUUUUAUAUUUGUGUUAUACCUGUACAUUACCCAUGUGAAAUGCAUUCUUAUUUGAAAUAUCUGAAAUUUAUUUUUCUUCCAUCCAUCCGUCUUCUGAAACCGUUUGUCCUGUUCUAACUUGUAAAUAUGUGGGAAAAAAUAUGUAUAAUUUUUCGCUAUGAGACAACAUGAGUAGUUCAUUAUUCUGGCUAGCUUCACAGUACUCAAGCUUUUCGCAUACCUUUGGGCUCUGUUUUGUGUACUUCCCAGGCAUAGAUCAGAUUCAUACAAUUCAGUUUCAAAAGGGUUUAUUGUCAUUCCUAUACAUCAACACAUUGUGCAACGUAAAGGAACAAGCACAAAGACACCGAGGAAGACAUAAUUAGUUAGAAAUGGAACAAAGUAACAAAAUAAUGAAAAAAAAGAAUGACAAAGAUACAAUAUACAGUAAAAACACAGUAAAUUUAUAAAGAGAAAGUGAUCGGUAAGUGAGUCAGUCCCAGUGCAAUGACGCGCUAAAGGAAGAUGCACAGAGUACACAUAUAAAUGUCAGGAAAGCCGGUUCCUGGCCACAUAGCAAUGACCAUGUUUCACUGAACCUUUGGUAAGCUGUCCUACUACAUUCAGUUUACAACAGAUAAUCGUUUGUUUUUCAGUUCCCCCGACUAAAAUAGCCAAGAUGUACCUUGUUCUACCAGUUAAUCCUUCGGAUAGGAGUGGUUUCCGGCGGGGAAGUGACCGAGAGCACCACACGGUGCCUGUUGAGUCACGUGAGCGGAAAUAAUGUCGUGCGCUCGGGUUAAACAUCCCGGAAGAAACGAGGACUCCGUUGUCAAACAUACCAGCUUUAUGUUUAUUCCCAGUGACCGGCUUAUGAACUGCAUCUCGGCUCGGUCGACUGUGAAACAGAAGCUUUUAAUCAUGAAUCACCGAGAACUUGAUCUUACCGAGGCACAGAAGGCGAUAAAAUCAAAAUACCCACCAAUCGAAAAGAAAUAUGAAUAUUUGGACCAUACAGCUGAUGUACAGCUCCAUGCUUGGGGGAAUUCACUGGAGGAGGCGUUUGAGCAGUGUGCAAUGGCCAUGUUUGGGUACAUGACAGAUACAGAGACGGUGGAGCCCAUUGACACCAUUGAGGUGGAGUCUGAAGGGGACGACAUGGAGUCUCUGCUGUUUCAUUUCUUGGAUGACUGGCUGUUUAAAUUCAGUGCUGACGCCUUCUUUGUUCCACGGGAGGUCAAAGUGCUGAACAUCGACCGCAUGCGGUUCCGGGUCCGGUCCAUCGGGUGGGGAGAGGAGUUCAGUGUGUCCAAGCACCCACAGGGGACAGAGGUGAAGGCGAUCACAUACUCAGCCAUGCAGAUCCGUGAUGAGGACAAGCCAGAAAUCUUGGUCAUCAUCGAUAUAUGAUUGGGGGGAUGUUGGAUCUCAGCCAUGGUUGGGCUUCAGUGGAAGCCCAUGGAUACACAUUUUACAUUUAAGAAUAUCACAGUCCAGAAUUUACUUUGAAUGUAAGCAUUUUGUUUAGAUUAAUAUAGCAAGUAUGUUCCUCAGCAGAGUUGGUAAUUAAAUGAACUGGACUGUGCUGGCUUCUGAGGAGGUGGUGGCAGCUGUUUGUGUUCUAUUUUGGGCAGACCAUAAUGAGCCUCAGAAGGUUCCGGAACCCAUCCUGCAUUAACGUGUUAAUUCAACAUUGGACUAAAACCAAAGUUUACCACUAGAAUCUUCUCGUAAUUUACCUGACUUCGCUUCACUGGCAGGGAUUGAAUCAUGUUAUUAUACUUAUUCAUAAUAAGCACAUUGAGAAUAUGACCUCUAACAGAAAGCUGUGCUUGUUUUGCUUCUGGUCUUUCUCGAACCUGAGUUACAGCUACUUUGUGUUUUCAUUAACAUUUCUGUGUGGGUCACUAGCUUGCAGGUGUUAAAAUGUAUUUAAAUUUCCUAAUUUUUGAGAAAGGCAGUGUGUAGCUUAGCCAGGCAGUAAAGGCCCACAUCUGUGUGAAUGCAAACCCGGUCUGACUAAUCUAUACUUGUGGGUGUGUCUGCUACAGCACAUCAUAUCUUUGGAGGUUCACCUGAUCUAACUCGUAUUUAUCCAUGUUUCCUCAAACAAAAGAAGGUUCUGGCUACCUUGGCAGAAGCUCAUGGUCCUUUGCAGAACCUGGCCCAUGGCUGGGUUCUUUAGAGUAAAGGUAAAAUUUAUGUCUGGUUUGCUGUUUGACACCAAUGCCUGGGUACACAGCAAGAGCAGUCCCUUGGCCCCAGCCAAACGGAGCAGGGGAUGGGCGAGCUGCUGAGCUGGGCUGUAGUGUCUGUAGCAGACCUGAGCUUCUGCGUAGCCCGUGCUCUUGUACCAAAGCUGAUAGCACCCGGCCGGACUUGUAUAUAUACUGAGUGGGAACAGCAGUCGCUAGUAGGUCUGUGUCUGGCUUUUUCAGAUUUGUUUGCCCUGCGGGAGUUUCGAUCAGCCGCCCUGCACAGUGCGCUGCCAGACUGGUAGCUUUAAUCUGGUAAUUAAACUGAAUGAACCACUAAUUAAAGAAGUAAGAAUCUGGGCUGUGCCGCUCCUUUGUGUGUUCUGACAAUCCAAACACACUACCUAAAGAGAGUACGUGUCAAGGUAUGUGUUCUCUACUCAACUGUGCUUUUCCUGGAAUCAUUACAGCUUGUAACACCAGUAACUUUAAUAAUGUCCAUUGUCAUGAAGAAUAUGGUACUGUAUUUAGGAAAGAACUUGUUAAUCACUGUCAACAAUAUUAAAUUAACUGAUGUCUGAAAUACUUCAGUGUAAGCAUUGGUGUCACUGGAUGAAAUUUGAGUGUCCUCAAAUGUCACAUUUUACUUUUAUUGCUUAAACUGCAAAAAUGGUUUGAUUUAAACAACCACUUUAACUUAAAAGUUUAAUACCGUUACGUUUGCUUGAGCACUGCUUGCCGAUCAUAAUCAUUUUCAUUUUUACAGUUUGAAUUAUUCCUGGACAACUGUCAGAAACUUAUUUUGAUAUUUUUUUUUAUAAAUAUUACAAUGUUUACUGUAUCAAAAUCACAUCGAGAUAUUUUAAAUUUUGCCAACAUUGUGCAGCCCUAGUGGCAAAUACUUUUUUAGUUCUUGUCAUGCCAUCCGCUUAUUAAAUCUGUUAUUCCGACCAAAUUGCAAUUAAAACUUUGGUGUCCUCA